AAAUAUGCUAUUAAUAAAUCAAUUAGUAGUUUCGUUGACAUAUUUGACAAUAAUAUAUGUAAGUGUCAUCAGUGGUCAGUGCAAUGAUAAUCAUUGUUCCGCUAAGAAACGAGACGUCGGUAUAGUUAUUGGUAUAGACUUGGGAACCACCUAUUCAUGUGUGGGUGUGUUUGUGAAUAGUCGUAUAGAGAUAAUCCCAAAUGACCAGGGCAAUCGCAUCACUCCCUCGUACGCCGCCUUUACCUCCGAUGGUCGCCGACUUGUGGGCGAUGCGGCAAAAAACCAGUUGACCUCAAACUCUGAAAACACUGUUUUCGAUGUCAAACGUUUGAUUGGCCGCGAAUGGACUGAUCCUAUGGUUCAAUCGGACAUAAAAUACUAUCCAUUUAGAGUGAUUGACAACAAUGACAGACCCUAUAUAAGAGUAAAGACUAAAAACGGACUCAAAGAUUAUUCACCGCAAGAGAUCAGUGCAAUGGUGUUGUUGUAUAUGAAGGAAACAGCUGAAGCCUAUUUGGGCUCCAGUGUUACACACGCUGUCAUCACAGUUCCGGCCUAUUUUAAUGACGCCCAACGACAAGCCACUAAAGACGCCGGUGCCAUAGCUGGUCUCCAAGUAUUACGUAUUGUCAACGAACCGACAGCGGCUGCCAUUGCCUAUGGAUUCGAGAGAAAGGGCUACGAGAGGACAAUAGUGGUGUUUGAUUUGGGUGGCGGCACUUUUGACGUAUCGGUGCUUCAGAUAGAUCAGGGAGUUGUCGAAGUGUUGGCCACUAACGGUGACACACAUUUAGGCGGCGAAGAUUUUAAUCAGCGAGUUGUCGACUAUUUUGUCGAAGUUUAUCGCAAAAAGACGGGCAAAAACAUUGCACGAUAUAAGAGAAGUCUUCAAAAGUUGCGACGAGAAGUAGAAAGAGCUAAGCGUUUGCUUAGUGCCAACCAUAAGACACAGCUUGAAGUGGAGGCACUCAUCGAUGGCGAAGAUUUCCAGGAUGUGCUGACUCGGGCCAAGUUUGAAGAGUUGAAUAUGGAUUUGUUUCGGUCGACACUUAAGCCAUUAAAGAACGCUUUGAACGACGCGGGCGUUUCAAAGGAUAAAGUGGACGAUAUUUUAUUGAUUGGCGGUUCCACUCGUAUACCGAAAAUUCAACAAUUGGUCACUGAAUUUUUCAAUGGCAAAGAACCGCUGCAACGCGUCAAUCCCGAUGAGGCCGUCGCUAUGGGUGCGUCCAUUCACGCGGGAACUCUUACGGGUGACAUCAAAGACAUGCUUUUGCUGGACGUGAAUCCACUUACUCUCGGCAUUGAGACAAAAGGAGGCGAAAUGAGUAAACUUAUACCAAGAAAUAAUGUAUUGCCACACAAAGUGUCCAAAACCUAUACUACAGCUGAGGACAACCAGAAAAAUGUGUUAAUAAAAGUCUAUGAAGGGGAACGACCACUUACUAAGGAUAACCAUCUGUUGGGUCAAUUUCAGUUGGAUGGCAUACCUCCUGCACCUCGAGAUGUACCGAAAAUUAAGGUCACUUUCGAGAUCGAUGCUAAUGGUAUACUCAAAGUUACCGCCGAAGAUGAGGACACUCAUAAAAAGAAACAUAUAGUCAUUAAUAAUGAUAACACUCGUCUUACACCCGAUGAAAUUGACCAAAAGCUAMGGGAAGCUAUCAAAGAGAAAGCAGUCGACCGUAAAGCCAAAGAACGAGUCGAAGCCUACAAUGAUCUCGAAUACUAUGUCUAUAAUGCACGCAAAGUGUUCAGUCCGACCGAAAAGUUAGGUGCAAUCAUCAGUCAAGAGGACAGACAGAUAGUGGACAUGGCUCUGGAGGAAGUGGCCAAAUGGUUGGACAAUAAUAACGAUGCAGAGCUGUACUAUUUAAAGUCCAGAAAGAAAGAGAUGAUCAAUAAGUUGAAACCCAUUAUUGACAAGUAUUUUCCUGACGGCAAAAUACCCGAACCGGUUGCUGUCAUAACAAUGGGAUCAGGUUUUAAUGAUACGGAUAAUAAUACUGAGAGAAUUUAA